AGCCACAGGUUCUUGGGCAGCGUUCCCGUGUAGCCCUGGAGGACGUCAAAGAUGGUGGAGCCGUAGAGCGGCCACUGGCGGAUGAACAACAAGUAGUUCUCGUUGCACUCCUGCUCGGAGAGGUCUCCGUGGUCGCGGUGCUUGCGGGCAACGUCCUCGGGGCGGGCCCUCGUCCUCAUGUACUUUGGUACGUACCUCUCGAUGAUGGAGCUACAAACAAUGAACACGAGUAAUGCUUCAGGAGCACCUCACCUGGCUGGUCAGUGGUCUGUUUGACGAGCUGGAGGUAGAACUCGUUGCAGAGAGCCUCUUUCUCCAGACAUUUCUGAGUGGCCAGUUGAAUCAUCGUCACACAGUCGUCAGCCUCCACCUCCAUGAACCCUGACCCACUUGAUGGACCGAGAGCGGCUGCUUCAGCAUGCUCUUGCUGUAGGACCAGAACGACUGUUUGAAGAUCUUCUCAAAGUCAGCCCCUUCGCGAGCUCUCCGCAGCCUCUCCAGCCGCGCUCGAUUGUACCUGGAGGUGUAGGAAUCAAGACUAAAGUAUUGCAUCUCCCAGCGUGCCAACCUCGGAGUGACGUCUCCCAUCAGCGUUGCGGGACCGACAGCCAGGGAUGUUCGCCUUAGUUCUCACCUGGAGACCUGUCUGAGAUCUCACGGCAUGUUUGACUCCAAAGACGGACAGGACCACCGGUUGCUGGUACUGGGGCAGCUCAAUGAGCUGAUGAAAAAAUGGAUCUACGAAGUCAGCGUGAGAAAGGGCAAGACGGAGCAGGAGGCCAAAGAGGUUGGAGGGAAGAUCUUCACCUUUGGUUCAUACCGCCUGGGAGUCCACGGGAAGGGAGCUGAUAUUGAUACUCUUCUGGUGGCUCCACGGCACGUCGAUCGCUCAGAGUUCUUCUCCUCUUUCAUUGAGAUGCUACAGGAGGAAAAGUCCAUCACCAACAUCAGAGCUGUGGAGGAGGCAUAUGUGCCUGUGAUAAAGCUGGAGUUUGAUGGAGUAGAGAUGGACCUGUUGUUCUCUCGGCUGUCCUUCCCGAGCGUGGCAGACAACCUCAACCUCCUGGACGCCUCCCUCCUCAAGAACCUGGACCAGAAGUCCGUCCGUAGUCUCAACGGCUGCCGUGUGACCGACGCCAUUCUCAGCCUCGUCCCCAACCAGGAGAGCUUCCGACUGGCUCUCAGGGCCAUCAAACUAUGGGCCAAACGUCGCGGGGUGUACUCCAAUGCUCUGGGGUACCUGGGCGGGGUGUCGUGGGCCAUGCUUGUGGCCCGGACCUGCCAGCUUUACCCCAACGCGGCUGCCUCCACCAUUGUUCUCAAGUUCUUCUUCAUAUUUCAGAGAUGGGAGUGGCCCCAGCCUGUCCUACUGAAGAAGAUGGACGAGGAUUUGCUGGAAUUGAAGCUGCCUCAGUGGGACCCAAAAGUGAAUCCUUCGGAUCGAGCCCAUUUAAUGCCCAUCAUAACACCAGCCUAUCCGGCACAGAACUCUACAUUCAACGUCACCUACUCCACUCGCUCCAUCAUGAUAAAAGAGUUCAACAGAGGACUUGACGUGUGUACCGACAUAACUCUGGACAGAAAAAAGUGGGAAGAUCUGUUUGAGCCGCUCAGUUUCUUCGGUCUCUACAAGCAUUACAUUGUCAUCUGUGCCAAGUCGUCUUCUGUUGAACACCACAUCAAAUGGUCAGGGUUGGUGGAGUCAAAGAUACGUAUUCUGGUCAGUAAACUGGAGUUCAACGAUGGAAUUGAACUUGCUCAUGUCUAUCCCACCGCCUAUGGCCCUCCUCCUGGAGAGAAGUCAGAGCAGGUGUCCAUGUGGUUCAUUGGACUGGAGUUCAAGAAGAACCCCAGCACCGGAGGAGUCAAUAUUACCAUCACCUACGAGAUUCAGGUCUUCAGCAAUGCCGUGUUGAAAGUGAGUCACGCAAACCCGGAUCUUGAGAACGGAACGGAACUGGAAGUAAAACAUGUCAGAAGAAAGCAGCUGGCCGAGUAUUUGCCAGCCUCUCUCCUCCCACCACCAAGCAAGCGGAAACGCUCAGUUGGAUCAGCAGUGGAGACACCGUCCCCAAUCCUCUACAGGCGUCAGAGACAGAGAGAAGACGAUCUCUCGCCGGUCUCCGUUCCCAAGAGACCCAAGAGUGAGAAGAGACCUCCAGAAGACAAAAAGGAUCUCGAGACUGCUGUGAGCAGUUUGGUGCAGAAGAGACCCACAGAGGACAAGAAGGAGCUGGAGAGUGCCCUCAGUAGUUUCGUGCAGAAACUGUCUCAGAGUGGAUCAAAACCAGUCCAGAAAUCCUCUGCUGUCGGUCAGGAUAACCAGAGCACGGAGAAGCAGGAUGCUGACAGUUCCGUGAGCUCCUUACAUCACAGUACACUGGACGAGGUCAGCAGCCAGAGCCUCACUCAGAGCUCAUCCAGUGACGAUUCUCUGGUGGUGAUUAACACCAGUCCCUACCCCAACCCUGCUCCAAGCCCCAAACUCCCACUAACCUCUUCCUCCUCCUCCUCCUCCUCUCACCCUCCCUCACAAACCACCUCGGCCCCUCUCGUUACGUCGUCUGAUGUCGGUUCACAGCAGACGGCGUCGAUGGCCACAGUCUCCAGCACCAGCAGCAGUGUCCCCAUGGCCUCCGUGGAGGCAGAGGCAGAGGGUGGAGCAGAGGAGGAGGAGGGAGAGGAAGAGGUGGUGUCUAUGGUAGUAGAGGAACCACUCCAGUCGAGACAACAGUCGUCCCCCGAUAGCAGCAAGGACAGUGGAAUCAGCGAAUUGCCAGAAGCAAAUGCAAAGGAGAGCAGUGUCCUCACAUCACAUGUGAAUCAACUCAACUCGGACUCUGAACUCUCGGACAGCAACCUCUCCUCCUCCACCUCGUCAGCUGUCAACCCUCUCUCCCAGCAGAAGGCUCACCUCAACAGGACGCGGAAUCAGAUCGUCCUGCGACUCAACAAGACAUGACCUCUCGGCUGCCACACAUACAUAAUACAUGCAAUGCAUGCACACACAUACGCGCACCAACCUCUAUCUUAUUCAGUUUAUCCACACUCACAGACGACAGACAGAGAGACAGUGGUGUGUCAGACUGACAGGACGGACUUGACUGGUGUAGGUAGGAUCGACCGCAUGUGCACUCUUUAUCUGUUGUCUUGUCUAUUAUUUCCUCUUCUAUUUAAAAAGGGUCACUAUGCGUGUUAUACUUAUGAAUGUGUGUGA